CCUCACCGUGCCACCGGCUGGAUGGCCAAAUGGUCUCUGACAGGCUCCUUGUGCGGCUUUGUGAGUGUGUGCGUUGAGCCCCGGCCGACUGGGACGUCCACACUGUACAAAGGAGCAGGGACACGCGGUCCAUGCUGUCCCCCUGUCUGUCCGCGGCCGCCUGGACUGCUGGAGCCGUCCACGGAGGUGAGGACGAGCGCCAACGGGUGCUCGUCAAAUCCAAGAAGAACUUCAAACUGAAGGUUGUUGGCUUGUCUGAGAAGCUCCAGCAGCAGAAAUGAUCAUCAGACUGGGGAGACUGACUCCAGGGUACUUCCGUCUGCUCCAGAGGCAGGUCUCAGGUGAGGUCCGGAUGCAGCCACAGAGCAAUCUCAUCAAUCCCAUCGCCAUGACGAUGGCCGCAGUGGGGAUGGGAGUGUCUCUGUACAGCGCCAGGCAGAUGGCCGAGAGAGUCAAUCGGAAACACCCAGCUGCCUGGGACCAGUGAGCCGCUCCGUGGGGGUUUUGCGUGACACUUUGCCUGCUCGUGUAUGUCGCAGAGGGUUUGAGCUUUUGUGGGAUGAGAGAGAUGGUGCGUUUUAUGGUGUUGCUUGAAGGGAAAGUCCAGGUGUUCCAGGAGGAAGAAUGUGUUUAGUUCUAGCAGUUGUUAAGUAGUACAAUUUGAAUAAGCAACAUAUAUAAGCGAAUAAGUGAGCGUGUAGGUUUUCCACUCUAUAUAUCCUGUGCAGCGUAUAAUCAAACAUCACCAGUGAUUGGAUUGGAAUCUAAAUGAGCAAACGGUCAUCUCUACAUUGAAGUUUGAUCUACAAACGUUGUUUCCUCCAUUUAAUAGACCAAUAAAACAAUUAGAAAAAUGACCACAGAAAAUCUAUAAAUAAAUAAAUAUGUGGUAGUUCACUUAGCACACAAGCUUGUUGUAUGUAUUAAUAUUAGUUAAACGUGCACCUCGUUGUACUUCAGCAUUUAGAAUUAACAUUGUACACCCUAAAUCAACAUCCCCUAUAUUUGCAAAUCAGACUAUAAUGCUAAAUGCAUGCUAAAUAAAAGUGUCACAUUUGUACUAGAAUGUAAUAAAUUAAAUGUAUGUUAAUGUAAAAUUCCACUUAGAGACAUUCAGGCUCUGUAACUAAAUUGAUGUUAUAUUCAAAUAAAUAUGUUAACAUUUGUCGACUUCUAUUUACCGAUGAAGGCUCAGGAGGCUCCCGGCCUUCAUCCAUGUGGAAAAGUACGGUGGGAAACAGGCUGCAGAGUCUGAAUGGAGCGACUCAUGUGGACUCAUGUGUGCUUUUCCCCGGAGGUUAAGUUCUUUGACAUUAUCAGAGAGAUUUUUAGAUGAAUGAGAGAGUCGUACACUUAAUCCACAUCAAUUAGUCCACACAUCUACCGUCUACAUUUCCUCUAGGAAACAGGCCAUUUAAGUGGCCUAAAUAACAUAUUAACGAGGGCAAGUUUAAUAAAUAAGACCAGUUGGGUUGUUUUGUUAAGACAAAAUGCAACUAAAACUACCCAGAAUCCUGGAUUUUAAAACUUCCUUGAUGACAUUUUUUCUCCGUAAAUCCCUAAAUUGUAUGUAGUAUGUAAUAUUUAUACAUGUAUAGGGGUAGUAACAGAAACAGACUGUGUAUUUUUCCAAUAGUUUAAAAACUCUGUACAACAUUUAUUGAAAUAAGAUCCCGUCUGUCACAUUAUCAGCCAUCAGACAAUGACUUUGUCCGACCAGCAUCGUGGGAAGCAGUCACUGCUGUUGGCUUUACUAACUCCUCUCAAUGGUGGUGGACAGACAGAUCAUGUCAGCCGCGCAUCAUCUGUUCAUUCUAAUCUCCUCUAAUGGAAACUAUUUUCAAAUAACAAUUCAUUGACUUUAGUUUAUCUGGGAGGUUGAGAGGACAAACUGGAAUCAUGUCUGGACAUUAGAGGGACCAGUAAACUACAAGAAAGAAUUAAAAACUCAAGGUAUUACAUUAAAACACUUGACAGAUAUUAUAUUAUUCCCAAAUGGUUUGACAGUGCCGAUGACCUAUUUAAUAACCUGGAUUGUUUUGGUGUGAGUUGCAUAGUGUUUGAGGUAUCAGCCAUCGAUGUCCAUCUUCUCUCCCAUAUAAUGUCUGGGUAUUAUCUUGAUUAACGGGUCAGGAUGUCUGGAAGGACAUUUUUUGAGUUUUCAGGGUGGUUUUCUAUCACUUUUUUUGAGCAGCACAAACCGAGUGCCACCCUGUCCCGUCAAAAUGAAUAAACUGCUGCUUAUUUUGCUGUUGUUAUUGCCACUUGAUUAAAGUUUGUGGUAUCCCUAGGAACACACAACCAGGUGCCUGAUUUGCACACUUGAGUCAAUGGCAGAAUGAGUUUGGGAUUGACAGAUUAAAUCUAUUUUUCAUUAACCGCAUCCUCAGGCCUGCUGUUCAUCACGCUAUUGCACGUUGCUUACGAAUGUGGCACUAUUUAAACGGUGAAAUAAACACCAAUCUGUCCAACGGCAUACGACGUGUUGCCAAGAAGCAUUGUUACAACAGAUAAACCAUCCGCCAAGAACACGUUUCCUCACUUGUUGUGCUGUGUUUUUAAGUGGUGCGUUAAUGCUACAACCUGCAGAGGUUCGUUUGAACUUUACCUAAUCUGAAAGGUAAUGUAUUUAGUUGCAAAAAUAAAAUAAAAGGUUGCAUGUUUUCCUCUUGAAAUGCAGCGAAGCAGAAACAGUUGCAUCCAUCACCUGAUGGUAAGCGGUCCGCCGCUGCAGCAGGGGGCGCUGUGUCCGCGGCGCGGCUUCGGGUGAGCCGCCGUGUUUAGUCAGAGAGCGAGAAGCCGGACAGAUUUCUGCCCGAUGAUUUGUUGGUUCUUAAAAGAGUUCUGAGUUUCAUUUUGGGACGGAAUAGCGGAUCUCAAACUAAUUUGGUGACAACUUCCUCUCAGGAGCUAGAUUUUCCUCGGAUGACAGCCGCGUCUGUUCACAACACUGAGCCUCAUUGGAUCUUUUACACUUAACUUGAGCGUUAUUUCAAAAUGCUUGGGGAGUUUGUGCGUAAAUGUGCGCGCUUCUCCGCUGCGCGCAACGCUCGCUCCCCGUGCUAUCUUCAUCCUCAUCUUCAUCUGCGCUAAGCAGCAGUUCAGCGGUCAAUCCAUCCGGAGAAUGGCUGAGCUCGGUCCCUCCCGGAGGAUCUCCACCGGGGCGCCUCUAACGGGGAUAUUCCGUGUUUUGUUGCUCGUUUGUGUGUCUGUGGCCCUCGCGAGUCGUGAUGUCGGAACCAACGAGACGCGGAGCGACGCUGCCGGAGAGGCACAAGCCCCCCAUCAAACUAACUCCACGAUCCACAAAAAGGCUUUCCCCGUCCUCUCCCUCAACUACGACCACGUCAGGAAGCCCUUUGAGAUCGCGCUGUGGAUCCUGCUGGCCCUGCUCAUGAAGCUCGGGUUUCACAUCAUCCCCAGAGUGUCGAGCGUUGUCCCAGAGAGCUGCCUGCUGAUCGGCGUGGGUCUGCUGGUGGGCGGCAUCAUCCGAGCCAUCAGAGAGGAAGCCCCGGUCCUCGACGCCAAGCUCUUCUUCCUCUACCUGCUGCCUCCCAUCAUCCUCGAUGCCGGCUACUUCCUGCCCAUCCGGGCCUUCACCGAGAACAUGGGCACCAUCCUGGUGUUCGCGGUGGUGGGGACCCUGUGGAACGCCUUCUUCAUCGGCGGGAUGAUCUACGCCGUGUGUCAGAUCGAGGGGGCCGAGCUGGCCGGCGUGGACCUGCUGUCCUGCAUGCUGUUCGGCACCAUCGUCUCGGCCGUGGACCCCGUGGCCGUUCUGGCCGUGUUCGAGGAGAUCCACAUCAACGAGCUGCUCUACAUCCUCGUGUUCGGGGAGUCGCUGCUCAACGACGCCGUCACUGUGGUUCUGUAUCACCUGUUUGAGGAGUUUAGUCACGCAGGAACUGUGACGGUGGUCGACGCCUUCCUCGGCGUCGCCUGCUUCUUCGUGGUUUCACUGGGAGGAAUCCUGGUGGGAGCCAUCUACGGCUUCCUGGGUGCCUUUACCUCCCGCUUCACCUCGCACACCCGGGUCAUCGAGCCCCUGUUUGUCUUCCUCUACAGCUACAUGGCUUACCUCUCCGCUGAGGUCUUCCACCUGUCGGGCAUCAUGUCGUUGAUAGCGUGUGGCGUGAUCAUGCGGCCCUACGUGGAGGCCAACGUCUCCCACAAGUCGUACACCACCAUCAAAUACUUCAUGAAGAUGUGGAGCAGCGUGAGCGAGACUCUCAUAUUCAUCUUCCUCGGUGUUUCCACGGUGGCGGGUCCUCACGCCUGGAACUGGACCUUCGUCAUCUUCACCGUGGUCCUCUGUCUGGUGUCGAGGGUGCUGGGAGUCAUUGGUCUCACGUUUAUCAUCAAUAAAUUCCGCAUCGUGAAGUUGACCAAAAAGGACCAGUUCAUCAUGGCCUACGGGGGCCUGCGAGGCGCCAUCGCUUUCUCGCUGGGGUUCCUGCUGACGGAGAACGAGAUGAAGAGCAUGUUCCUCACGGCCAUCAUCACCGUCAUCUUCUUUACCGUCUUUGUGCAGGGAAUGACGAUCAGGCCUUUGGUUGAGCUUCUGGCCGUGAAGAGGAAGAAGGAGGGCAAAGUGUCGAUUAAUGAGGAGAUUCACACACAGUUCCUGGAUCACCUCCUUACAGGAAUCGAAGACGUCUGUGGUCAUUAUGGACAUCAUCACUGGAAGGACAAGCUGAACCGCUUCAACAAGACCUACGUGAAGAAGUGGUUGAUCGCGGGCGAUCGCUCCACCGAGCCUCAGCUCAUCUCCUUCUACAACAAGAUGGAGAUGAAACAGGCCAUGAUGCUGGUGGAGAGCGGGAGCGCCGCCAGGCUGCCCACGCUGCCCACGCUGCUGUCCUCCGCCUCCAUGCAAAACAUCCAGCUGAAGGAGUCGGCCAGAGGACGGGUGAUCCCAAGUAUCUCCAAGAGUCGUGAGCAAGAGAUCAGAAAGAUUCUGCGAGGAAACCUGCAGAACACCAAACAGAGGCUUCGCUCCUACAGCCGACACGACCUGUUCAUGGACCCGUUUGAGGACAACGUGAGUGAAGUCCGCUUCAGGAAGCAGCGCAUGGAGAUGGAGAGGAGGAUGAGUCACUACCUCACAGUUCCUGCAAACCGACAGGAACCACCGGCAGUGAGAAAAGUUUGCUUUGAACCAGAGCACCGGGUCUACACAUACGAUGACAGCGAGAGCCCCCGAGGGCCCGCGGCUCGCCCACGUCCCGGCCCUCCCGAGACCGUCGGCCUGUUGAAAGAAACCCUCCCGAGGCCCAAUCAGAGCAGCAAGCGCGGGGCCGAAGCGCCGGAGCAGGAGGAGCAGGACCAGCUGAAACUAUCGCGCUGCCUGAGCGACCCCGGGCCAAACAAGGAGGACGAUCACUCGUGAUCUAGCAGAGAAUUCGCCUGGUUCUGAAAUCAGAGGACGGAUCUCCUCGUGUCAUUUGAUGUAUUCGAUGAGUGGAGGUCUCUGCCAUAGCAAAGCUUGAUAACUCUGACAUGUUUCCAGAAGUUCAUAAGGAUUUUUAUCAUUCAACAUAUUACCAAAGCAUGCCCCACUGGCUAUUUGCAAUAUAGCCAGAAGUGUACAGAGUGUCUUUUGUAUGUCUUAACUAGCAGACAUCCAUCAUAUAGGAAUGGAAAUGGAAAGAUCACUUGUUUUAACAAGCUUUGAGGCAUCAGCUGGUUGGGGUUUACAGCACAGUAUGAAGAAUCUACACAAUGUGAUAUUACUAUCUCAGAUAUAUCUUUUAUAAAGGAGGCCCCUUGCUGCUCUGAACUACCAAAGAUGUGUCUGAUGUUGGAGGCAGUCGAUGCCUUAAUAUUAAGUACAUUUGUCCCACAUUACUUGCAGAUACCUACAUUGUUUAUCGAUCAGGGUAUCCUGGUGAUCUAGAACGCAGAAAUCUGGGGCUCCAACAAUGUUAAAAUAAUUUAAAAGUCCGGUCUAACAACUAUUGUUAACAUUGCUGAAUGACUGAUGAGUGUUUUUCUCGGGGACAUGGAACAGUAUUAUGACCUCUGCAGAAAGAAAAUAAGUCCUGAACGCGCUCCACUUGUCUCUAUUUAUAACGUGACUGUUUUGUAAACUUCUGUAACAUUCCAGCAGCACCAGGAACACGUAGCGUGUCUCUGGUAACUGAGCAUGCUUCAAGGUUAAAGAGGUGAAUGUCCUUUUUGUAUCUGCCUUAAAACCUAUUGCUUUCUGUGUGUUAUCCAGCUCAAGUAUUUUUCUAUUGUGAAGUUAUGAACAUUUACAAAUGAAGGAAAGCUUUAAUACCUGUAUGAAAUAAAGAAUAUGUCAUGGCUUAA